UUGCCAAAAGAGUGAACAUGAAGAAGAAGAAAAUUCUCGCGAGAAUUUUGCGACUUCACGUUUCUUUGGAUUUGCGUCUCAAACUCGCCGGCACGAGAGAAAUAUUGCAGUGAUGUCACAGUGUAGCCCUCCUCAGUAAAUAUGGCAGCAGUUCCUGGAGUGAUGGCCCUCCUCACCCUGCAACGAUCAGUGACGUUGCGGCACAGCUUUUUUGGCUUAAUUCCAAUACCUUUGGCAUCAACCUGCUUUCCCACGAGGCUUUUCAGUGCUGCUAAAGAAAGUACUGAAUCAAAAUCACCAGUAAACCCAGAGAAUGAAUCUUUGCUUGAGAACCUGAAUCUCAUGGGAGUUGAUGUGAGGAUGGCACGCCAGCGUCAACCUGGGGUGCUUCGUAAAGCCUUCACUAAUGAGCAAGGCCUUGCUCAGUUCCUGCAAGGAAAAGGCGCCAGUCGCAAAGUGAUUGCCAGCAUCAUAUCCCGCUAUCCCCGUGCCAUCCCCCGCUCCAUUGAACACUUGGAGCAACGCUGGCAGCUGUGGAGGAACAUCUUCAAGACGGACGCAGAAAUCGUGAGCAUCGUGGAUCGCUCGCCUGAGUCAUUUUUUCGCUCCAGUGAUAACGACAACUUGGAGAAGAACAUAGCUUAUCUCGUCUCACUAGGACUAAACACAAAAGACCUCCACCGGCUGCUGACCACAGCACCACGGACGUUUUCCAACAGCUUAGCGCUCAACAAGCAAAUGGUGGAAUUUCUGGAAGAUAUCUGUAUAGAGCUCGGUGGAUGUAACCCAGAGCAGUUUGCAAAAACCGUCAUAACCAGAAACCUCUACAUUCUCAUCAGAAGCACUAAGAGAGUCAAGACAAACAUAGACAACCUGAGAGCAUCUCUUAAGUUGAAGGAUUCAGAGCUGCUGGCUCUUCUUCAAAGCCACGGGGCAGAAAUUCUGGACCUUUCUAAUGAGUACCUAAAAAAGAAUUUUAACAGCCUGGAGGAGAAGAUGACUGCUCUUGGGUGUCGGAAAGCUGACGUAAAAAAACUGAUCAUCAGCUAUCCGAUGAUUCUCUACAUUGGGCCUGACACACUGAGCUCUAAACUAGACUGUCUCCUAAAAGGAGGAAUAACAAUUAAGCAGAUACUGGAAAAGCCCAAAGUUUUAGACUACAGCACACAAAACAUUACAGGGCGACUAAAGGAACUGCGAAGAGUGGGCUAUGACUUCCAGAAGAAUGGCAUCAAUAUCCUGGAUUCAAGUCGAAAGCGGUUCGAUGCAAAGAUAGAAAAGCUUUCUGCCUCACCAGAUGAAUUAAUGUAGUUGCCUGUUUUAUAAUGUCAGACAGUUUUGGUUGAUGAUUUUCCAUCAUUUUGGCUUAAAAAUAAUCUGAGAUCC